AUGUCCGCCAUCGACUCAAUGGGUUUGGAGAUCACUGAGCUUCGCACCCAAUUGAUGAAGUUCAUGACGACUCCCAUGGAGCCAAGAAAGUCCUUUGGAGGACCAUCACAAAUAAGACAUACUCCUCCUCAUUCGCCACCUCACAAGGAGCACUCCAACCGUGGCCCUACUCGUAGAGAACGUAGCUGGCCGAUUCCGAUAGAAGCUGUAGAACCUCCACGGAAGUAUAGCCCGCCGAAAUUCAUUCUCUAUGAUGGGAAGACGGACCCUUUGACCCAUAUCAGCCAUUAUCGCCAGAUGAUGUCCCUCUGGAACCGCGACGACGCACUCAUGUGCAAAGUCUUCCCCUCUAGCCUUGGAGAACUUGGCCUCCGAUGGUUUGACAAACUCCCCAAUGGCUCGAUUUAUGACUGGACGCAGCUCUCGGAGGCGUUCUUAGCCCGAUUCGUCUCCAACAGCAGAGUCCCAAAGCAAUUAGAUACCUUGUUCAAUAUCCGAAAGGACAGGAAAGAGACCCUACGCCAGUACGCGCGACGGUAUUGGGAGGAGUAUGGUGACUUGGAGGAAAAUGUUUGUAGUGAACAAUUGGCCGUGCUAUACUUCAAGCAAGGCCUACCCCCUUCGCACAAGUUAAGGCAGUCGUUGACAAAACGACCUGCCCCCACUAUGAAGGAUUUGAGGGCUCGAAUAGAGCAACAAGCUCGUGUGGAAGAUGACGCUGCUUCGGUACAUGUUGCGGUUGCUGAAGAAGAAGUCAGACCGCCUCGACCACCUAAGACUGAGCAGCCAAGGAGGGAUGAGCAGCGCAAGAACUAUGGCCAAAGGAACCGCUCCACAGCGGAAAAUGAUGAGGAAAGGGCCAAGUCUUAUGAAGGCAUCACCACCGUCUUCAAAGAGCCAAUAUACAGGCUCGUCGAGAAACUUAAAGGGGAAGCCUUCUUUGUUUGGCCAGCUAAGAUGCCUAGAGACCCUGCUCGGCGCAAUCAAACACUGCGUUGCACCUAUCAUCGAGAGAAGGGACACAAGAAGCAAAAUUACAGAGCUCUCAAACAACACUUGGAGGACUUAGUUACGGCAGGACACCUCCAACAAUGGAUAAACGUUGAUAAGACGAGGGAAAAGCAGGGACUAGACCAAGCCCCUCCUGAAGAGAACCAUGCCCCGAGGUUGGUCAUCAACGUUAUCCAUGGAAUGACUGACCCCGAAAGAGAAAACACAAUUCGAGGAGAAAUCCAACGAGCCACCCACAUUCAACAGGUAAUGUCGGUAGGACCUCCUCCUAAAAAGUCCAAGACAGAAGCCAAACCUUCUCGGUUUAACGUCGUGUUCACUGAAAAGGACCUAGAGAGAAUCCAGUACCCCCACACCGAUGCCCUCAUCGUUACAGUUGGUGUGGCCAACAAGUUCGAUGUGAAGCGAGUCUUGAUUGACCAAGGAAGUGCCGCAGACAUCAUGUAUUAUGAACUUUUCAAGAAGCUCGGCCUCAAUGAGCAACACCUGCCACCUGCCACCUCCCCUUUAGUUGGCUUUAACUCGCAAACAGAAUGGUCGCUCGGCCGAAUAACUCUGUCUGUCAUAGCUAAGUCCAAGGUGGUCUUUGUUGACUUUUUGGUGGUAAACACCCCAUCUCCCUAUAAUGCCAUCCUCGGCCGAACUUGGAUUCACCAGAUGGAGGCAGUUCCUUCCACCUAUCACCAACUCGUUCGCUUUCCAACCAAGUAUGGAGUAGAGGAGAUUCGUGGAGACCAAAUGGCAGCCAAACACUGCUUCAUUGCCGCCAUGAAAACCAAACAAGUUUGCGACCAAGUACAGAUGGUGGAAGUACCUGACCAGCCAGUUUUGGAAGACGUCGGCGGAGUGCCGACCGAGAAGAUGGUAGAGGACCUAGAGACGGUCUUGGUAGAAGAAGGAAACCCAGACAAGUUCUUCCUGCUCGGCACUUCCCUCAUUGUUGGAGAGAAAGAGCAAUUACUGGCUCUACUCUGUAAAAACAUCGAAGUGUUCGCCUGGUCGGCCUAUGACACUCCUGGGUUGGACCCCAACUAUGCUUGUCAUCGACUCAACGUCCAAUUAAGAGCGCGGCCGGUUAUUCAGAAGAGUAGACGAUCAUCCGCGCAACACACCAAUGCAGUGAUCGAAGAGGUGGACAAACUUUUGGCUGCUGGAGUCAUUCGAGAAGUGCAGUACCCAAAGUGGCUGUCCAACACCGUCGUGGAUAGUUUCCCCCUUCCACAAAUAGAUCAACUUGUUGACGCAACGGCUGGACAUGAGCGCAUCAGCAUUUUAGACGCUUAUAGUGGCUACCACCAGAUCCCUAUGUUCGGUCCUGACCAGGAGAAAACGACUUUCAUCAUCCCUAAAGGCAUUUACUGCUACAAAGUGAUGCCCUUCGGCUUGAAAAACGUUGGUGCGACCUACCAGCGAAUGGUCACCAAAAUGUUCAAGGACCAGCUUGGUAAAACCAUGGAAGCAUACAUUGAUGACAUGGUCGUCAAAAGAUCAGGGAAGUUCUUGGGGUAUAUGGUGACUAAGCGGGGCAUUGAAGCCAACCCCGACCAAAUCAAAGCCCUCCAAGACCUUGAAGCACCUACAAAGGCUAAAGAACUCCAGAAACUCGCUGGUAUGGCUGCAGCACUUAACCGUGUCAUCAGUCCUCUGAUCAGAUGA